ACCCAACUGUGCUAAGGAAUUAUUUAUAGAAUUGGGGGGGGGGGGGUUGUGUGAAAUUAAUGGAGGAUUAUUUUUUAAUUUAAAAAAACUACAGAUAGCAUCAUACAUGUCUCACCAGUGAACUUUCAUUAUUGCUCAAGCAAGUUGAUAUGAGCUCAGUUAAAUACCCACUAUGACACGUACCUCACUUAGACCCAGAGCAGUCACCACUGUACUUAACAAGGCACUGGGCAGCACUGGGCACUUUUUCCUGGCAGAACAUUGCACAUGGUUAUGAGAUGGGCAUACCACCUUGUUGUGUUUUGGGGCAUCCAGAAUCAGGGGCUUUGGAAUGAAGAGAUCCGUCUAUUUCAUAUAUUACAUAACAAUGUCAAAGGGAUUUUAUUUCUUUAAAAAAGUGGUGCAAGGUGGAUUGGGAAAUGAUACAUUUUUGACAUUAUGGGAACUUCUAGAGUCCUGGACUUCUCAAAAUAAUUGGAUGGCAAUCUUCUUUAUAAUUUUCCUGGGAAUUAUUUUUGAGAUCAUACUCUUAAAGAUUUGUAUGUCCUUUCAGAAGAAGCCCGCACUUCCUUCAGAAAAGGAUAAGUCAGAUGUCCACAAGAAAGAAGACAACGGAAGUUGCCUGACAAGCAUGAAAUUUGAUAAUUGGUCAGCUAUUUCAUCCUCAGAAGCAAGAGUUGAUAACUAUUCAGAGAGAACAACUGCUUCAUCAAUUACAUCUGAAGGAAAUGAAGAGUACUUUGAAGACAGCGUUCCACCACCAGAUGAACCACCACGGGCAAGUACCAGUGAAAGUAGAUUUCGAGUAAGUCACUUUAGUGAAAGUCAUAUAACAUCUUCAAAUGGGACUAGCUCAUCAUCUUUGUCACUAUUUCAUUCUGAAGUACAGGAAAUUUUGCUAAGGUGUAGCAGGUGCCCUAAAAAUGAACAUGAAACAAUACAGUUUUCAUCAAAGAAAUUAUUUUCCAUAAUGAAAAGUAACAAAAGUAAAAAUAGGACAUUUUCUUCUGACUUUAACUUUUCAAGAUCUUCGAGAGUCAUUAUAGAAAGUGAAGAUCUAGAUGUGGCACCAUGCCCUCCUGCCCAUCUGUUUCUUUCUAGAGACCAAGUCAGACUUCUGGAAGAAAAUGUGAGAAAUCAAAGCCCUCCAAAAUCCAAAGCCACAUUAGAGAAUAAAACUACCUCUCUGUACUCAAUCUCUCUAGAGCCCUUGAUUCAGAAUCAACAUUCUGCUACAAUGGACCUUUCUGCCCAAGCACAAGCUUCUUUUUCCAGACAAAAGGCUACUCAGAGUCAAGGAUUUUCCAAAGCCCAAUUUACUGGUCAAGCCCACCAAUUUUUUAACAAUCAGGCAUCAGUCAAAAGGCAGCCUGAGAAUGAGGCCAGAUACUCUGCUCUGCCUCAAGAUUUGGUGAGGGAACCACUUACUAGCAGCACCCAAGACUCCUUCCAGACCGCAGACAUGGAUAGGUGCCAACAUCUGGUCCAAGUUCCACAGUCUAUUGAGACUCAAGAUUCAGUCAAGGGCCUAGGGUCUGAUACAAAACACUCGGAUGAGACCCAGGAUUCUGUCUGGUGUGAAGAGUCAAACAAGAGUAAAUAUUCUAUCCCAGGGCAAAACACUAUUUUAAAGGAUGCCAGACAUCUGGUUUUACCUCUGAGCCCAAAUUCAGUUGAUAAAGUGAUGCCACAACUAGAGCAUGUUAAGAGUGAGGGCCAGAAACAAAUUGCUUCCUCAACAUUAAACCAGUCUCCUGCAUAUGGCUUGCUGCCUCUCAUGACCAGGCAGAAAAACAGAAGAAAAACAUCACGCAGUAAAAGUGAACUUAGCCUCAAAGAUCCACCUCAGAAGUCAAAGAAAACACCAGCUUCACAGGUAUUUCUGACCACAGCAUGUCAUACUUCAGAGUGCAGCCAGUUAAGAUAUGAACAUAAAACUAAGAAGAAAGAGUUACAUCAAAGAAAAGGUGUAUCAGGUAUAGCAUUGCAUUUUACAUAUGCUUUCAAGCUUGUCCCUCCUUAUAUUAGGAAGUAUUACAGAAAAAGACAAGCAAAAUUCACUCCAGGUUUAACAGAAUGUAGAGAUUUUCUGCUGAAACCAGAUCAGUCACUAUGUGCAGAGAAAGUUAAUUACAUAGGGUCUGUUGAGGAAGAAGGAACCACGGGGAGUACUGAAAAUGAAGAGCAGCAUGGCAGAAACAAUAAAGAACUAGAAAACAUUUCACAAGAAAUUCCAUCUCAGCUAGAACAGUCUUUCGUGGUCAAUACUUAUCAACAGAAAGCACCUUGUCCUUCAUUAACAGAAACAAACUGGAUGAAUAAAGAGUCUCUUGAAGAUCCAAAGGAAAUGGAUAUUGCAGAGUCUUGUGCCCCAGAUAGCAAAACAACAUCUGACGUGCCUGUGGCAAGGCAAGAGACACCUUUAGAAGAAGCCAUAUCAGAACCUUUGCAGAAAUGUGUUUCCUCUCCCCAGAUGGAGUCAGACAGAAACAUGAAAACAUGGGAGGACCUACGAGGUGCAGAGAAUUCAAAUCCUGCCCUUUCAAGCAGAGAGGAGUUACCAACGAGUAUAUCAGAAAUGCAAAGGUGCUUCUCACAGGGGAAUACAGACAGAAAAUAUCUUCUUGAAAUUGUUCUGGAGUCUUCUGAUAUCAACUUGUUCGUUCCCCUAGGAACCAAAAAGCAUAAAAGCAGUGGACAACCAGCAGGUGUAGAAAUUCAGGAGAGGCCAGAAGAUGUAACUGAGAAGGAAAAAAAUGCCUUAAGAGCUCAUGUGAUGGAAGAAGAUGACAUAAGUGGAAGUGAGGAACUCGAAAGCAACACUAGAAGCAACAUUAACAAUAUGCAAGAUGAAAGAAUAUCUGCUGCGUUUCACGAAGCCACUCACACUGCCCUUUCUUUACCACCUCGUAUGAAAAUGCAGGGUGGAUUAAAAACCAAGAUGGAUACAUCAGAAAUAGGACUUAGAUUUUCAGCAGUAAAGCCAGACAAAUUACCAGAUGACAGGAAAAUGUAUUUUUCCUUUGAGAAGAACUGUCUAGUUAAAAAGCCACAAGAAGACAACAGAGAGGAAGAACAGGCUCCACACGAAGCAGCUUUGCAGCAAACGCCAGGCCUCAGGUUCAGCCCACGACUACAGCAGAAGCCCACGUAUGUCAAACUGGAACCAGGACAGAGUAGUUCGAAAGGUCGAACCACUCAAAAUAAAGACCUCGAUGUUUACCCACAAACUCUCUCUACAGAGACGACUGUGGAGACUAACCCACGUCCCAUGAUGGAUCCAUUUCAAGUUGAGGUGAAGCAAAGCACAGACAGAGCCACGGGCAGGGAAACUGUAGACCCAGUGCAUCCUCUCACCGUGUUUGAGAGCUUGCCAGUUUUAACUGAAUCAACAGAAUGUGGUGUCCCUUUGGGUGGAAGCCCUGAGAAGUUCCUGGAUGCUCAGAUUGCAGAAGAAAAGCAGGACUUAGAAGGAGUUUUACCUGAAGUUGCCCUGGGGUCUUUCCAUAGGCAUAUGCCUCCAUUAUCAAAUUUGAAAAGGAAGAAAAUCAGAAAAAAAAUACCAGGAACCACAAAUGUACUUGGUUUCAAAUGUGUAAUUAUGAAACUAAAAAAGCCACCAAAAUGUCACAGAAGAUUAAGAAGCAAUUUCAAAAUCAUGAUUAAAUACAUACUUCAAGAUAAAACGAUGGCAGAUACGCUUCUGAAUGUUACUGACCCUUGUCUGUCUAUUUUGCCCCAUGUUAGAAUGCACAGCAGAUUAAAUGUAGGGAAUCACAGUCAUACCGAGCUAAAACAAGAAACAUCAGAAGCUGAAAGAGAAGAAGACUAUUUAGAUAUCAUUAAUAAAGGAAGUGACUCUGGAAACACACUAGAAGCAGCUCUGUUGCAGGAGGAAGUGAGUGGGGACCAGGAAGCUUCCCCAGAAGUAGUCCUUGAGGAUUGCUGGAACCUCAGAUUGGAUGAAGAUCCAGAGAAAGAGCUCAAAUCCAUGAAAGAUAUGCAACAACCAAUCACAUUUGCAGAAAUCAUGGCAGAGUCUAUUCACAUGGCCACAACAGGUCCAGUUCGUGUUGAAAAUAUGGAGGAAAGCCUGAUAGCACCCACAGAUUUAAGAUGCACUGAAGAUGAUUCUGAGAUAUCUCCUCCCACAUCAGAAAAAUCACUGAUUGGAGACCGUUUAAACCAAACAAGAGAAAGUGAUGUGCCAGAUGAUGGAAGUGAUACCAGGGCAACAGGUUACUGUUUUGCAGCAAUGAAAGCAGAACGACCUGAAGAUUUACCAGCAGUGUUCCCAAAGACUUUUAAUUACCAUAUGCCUGUCUUAUCUCAUUCUAAAGUGAAGAAAACUAGAGUAAGAUUUUCACACAUAGAAUGUAGAGUGAACUCCAAGUCUGUACCUAUGAAGGCAUUGAAGCCAUCCAUUUCACAAAUGUGUGAUUUCACAGGUCAUCAAAGAAAGAAACUGGAAUCUGACUUUAAGGCCAAGUUUGAAAAGAUUGGCCAAGCUAAUGGACUGGAAUAUGAAUUUCUAAACACCCUUUACUCUCCUGUGCAUAGCAGGUUACAAGAAGAGACAAAGAGCUUCUGCCGUGUUCAAGCAAAGCUCCGGGGUCUAGCCGUUGAAGAAAGACCACUGUAUGUUGAUUUUUUUGAUGAGAGUAAUACACUCUGUGACGGAGAAGAAAAAGGACAAGAUGUAGAGGAAAAGGAGCAAAAGACUUUGCUAAUAACGGCUCCGCAGCAUAGCCAGUACCUCUGGAUCAAUGGAUGUCGAGGAAAGGAGACUCACCUUGCCGAACCAGAUGCAGGCCUGCACUGUUUAACAAAGGAGCAAGAUAAACAGCACCAAACAUGCUUUAAACAAGCUGCUUUGCAGACUGAUGUCCAGAUGGGUCCUCAAGAAGCCAAGGAACUCCUGAAGACCAACAAACCAGAAGAUGACCUAACAGCCCCUGUGGGUCUGGAGAUUCUACCUCCUGAAGCACGGAACUCAUCACCUGUGAAACUUUUGAACAUUCCAACAGAGAGUGGCGUAGCCUCUGGUGGAAACCUCACAAGGGAACGAGGUUCUUAUUCUGUGGAUAAAAAUUCAGCAUUACCAGAAAGUUUGCAAGUGACUUUCUUGCAGUCUUCUGAUUCCAUUGACACCUCCGUUUCUAAAUCUCAAAGAAAGAAAAACACACUAAAACUGGCAAGAAAGCAAACAGUGAGUCGUAGAUACAGAACUAUGAGAGAACAAAACCUAUCCACUCUGCGUAUGCUCCCUGGCAGGCAGAGAAAAGCAUUGCAAUGCAAUUUUCAAAUGAAGAACUUACAGCAAAAUAAAAACAAAGGAGAUGUGUGUUCACCUGUCAUUCUCUCCAGGGUGCCUGUUUUGCUGAACACCAAAAUGAGCAUCGGAUUAAAUGUGGAGACAGAUACACAAAGGAUAACAAGACUUGAUCAUACGCAAAUGCAAGAGAAAUCACCCAAUGAAAGAAAAGUAUGUUGCCCAGCUUCUAUUGAUAUGAGUAGUUUACCUAACAGUGUGAAAGACAGGAAGGAGGAGGGGGCAGGGGAACAAGAUUUACCAAUUCCAGAGAGUGGCCAAGGCUUCAUACUCAGUACAUAUCAGGAGCAGGAUCAUGACCUUAUCAAAUCAGAUGAGGGGCAGAAACAAAUAGGAAGUAUAAAUAUCCAGGUACAACCACAAACACAUUUUGCAGAGAGUAUUUUGAGCUCUACUUCAUGCCCAACAUUGGAUCCAUUUCCACUGAGAAAGCUAGAGAGCGAUGCUAGGUUUUUUCCUCCAACAUCAGGAGAAGCAAAGUUUGAUGAAAAAAUAUUUUCUGCAAGAGAAGGUGGUGUUCCAUCUGAGGCAAACCAUCAAAAGGAACAAGCUGGUGGUACUGAAAAGGAAGAGAAAGUGACUUUAGAUUUCUGCAUGGCUGCUUUAUCUCUAUCCAAAGGCAAGAGAAACUUCAAACAAUAUUCAGACAUGAAAAUCCUGAUGAAUCCCAAAUAUGGAAUUUUAAAAGCAAAGAAACCACCCAUUUCACACAUGCUCAAUAUCAAGGGUGGUGCUAGACGAAAUCGUAGGAAAGAAUUGGGAUAUAACUUGACCACCAAAAUGGGACAGGUGGGUCAGAGUACAAAAAUGGCAGAUGGCAGGGACUCCCUCCUGAACAUCAUCCCUGCCAUUAAUAGGUAUAGUGACCAAGAAGGGGAAAAAGACAUGUUAGGAGAAAAAAGACUCAGUUCUGAACAAGUAAAGCAAAAUAUACCCCCACAUGAAGGGAAUGUGACUCCAGAUGACCCUGAAGAAGGUGAUCUUCAAGAUGAAGAAAGUGAACAGGAGAUGUUACUAAAAGUAAUUCCACAGCUCAGCCAACAUUUCAUACUCUGUUCAGACCAGACGAAGGAGCUUGAGCUUCACAAACCAGGAAGCAAAGGAUAUGGGGAAACUCUGUUUUUUACCAAACAGGACAUCCCCCAGCACACACAGCCUGAAGAUCCAGUGCAGACAACACAGCCGAAGAGAAGCCAGCAGACACAAAACAGCACAGUGUGGUCAGCGAGUUCAAACCUUCCUCUUCUAAAGUCGAACGAAUCACUAACCGGUCAAGUUGUAAUUGAUACAAUGAAAUGUGACAUCCCAAGUGAUGAGAGCUGCACGGGAGAACUGGAUGAUCUUGGUAAAGAGGAAGAGUCAGAGUUUAAAAAAGAUCUACAAGCACCUGUCCCUGAGUCUUCAGCUACUGCCACACCUGAUCCCCCUGCACCUAAACAGGGGAGAAAGACAUUUACAUGUAGAGCCUUAAAAAGUAAAAUGAGUCCCAAGUGUGUUGUUAUGAAGGCACGAAAGGCACCAAUGUCACAGAUAUUUAACAUCCCUGGGAAUGGCUGUCUGAAAACCCUCCCUUCGAAAACCCUGCGAUCACAGAUCGUUGAGUUUUUGAUUGAGAUAAAAUCCUCUGGGGCGCUAGAACAUGUUACUGCAGAGAGAAAGGAAGGAGGAGCCCAAGAAUUGCUGGCAACAAUGCUGGAGUUCUGGGAUGCAGCCACACUUGCUUUACCUGUGUCGAAAAGAGAGAGAAACCACUCAGAACUUACAGACAAGAUAAAUAAAAUGAGUCCCAAAUGUAUCACUUUGAAGGCAAAGAAGACACCGAUUUCCAAGACAUUUAAUGUCACAAAACGUGGCGCGCCAAGCCGUGGUAGGCAAUUUGAAGGCAAGUUCAAAACUGUGAGGAAACAAGGUCGAUCACUGGCAGCCACCACACCAAAGGCCACCUCCUCUCCCGUGUCGGUUUCACUGGACAUGAAGGUGCAUAACAGAACCAAAGUAGAGACAGACAUGCCGGGGAAGAUGAGGUUCCAUCCUGUGAUACAACAGCAAGGACACUGGUCAGAUGGAAGGGGAGCCUGGUGUCCCUAUUCUAGGGCCAAGAGGGAAAACGUCAGGAAGGAACUCAAAGGCCACAGUGGAGAAGCAGCGCCUCAGAAUUUCCAGCACCUCACUUCCCGUACUCAUCAUAUGAAGGAGGCUCGCUUUGUGAAAUCAGAUCUCAAACAGAAGUAUUCAGCAAGGGGGAAAAUCCCAGAAGCACGAACCAUAGCGGAGGAGCUGCAACAACAAACAUUUUUCACACAAACUGUCUUGCGUUCUGUGCCUUCUUCUAUUCUGAAUUCACUUCCAUCUGAGAAGGCACCAAAAAGGACAAAAACACAGAGGUCAAGGAUUUUAUCUCCAGCGACAGAGAAAUCACUCGGCGAAUCUUUAGCUGUUAAAGCACCAAGUGACGUCCUGUCUGAAACAGACCCAACAAAGGAACUUGCUAGUUCUAGUCCAGAGGGAAGGAAAGAAUUACAAACGGAUUUACAAGGGAGAGCCCUACAGUCUUUUGGUAUCUCCAGGCCAGAUUCACCUGAAAUUAAAGGGUUGAGAAAUGUAGCAUUGAUCCCUACGUCUCGAACUGGGGAAGCCCAGAUGGCAUCAGUUUUGAAGACAACUAAUACCACUAGUCCCAGUGCCCCCAGCCAUGGAAAGGAACUGGUCUACACCUUUGAUAACAUGGCCAAAGAGUUAUCUCAGAGUAUGUCAAGUAUAUUUAUGAAUACUUCUUUUUCACCUACACCUGUUUCACCUGCCACCAAAACACAUAAAAAACGGAAAGCCAAGAAAGACCCAGUCGAAGUCAGUAUAAAACCAGAGGGCAGGAAAAGACUGUGUAAAAGAUGCAGCGCCUUAGGCACCACAUCUCAGUCAAGACGGCAAAAUGAAAGAGAGGGCAAGGAAGCUGCAUUCAAUACAGAAAGUAGAAAAGAUGAAAAUACGCUUAUUACAGAGCAAGACAUGCAGCAACAAACACUAGUUUCAGAAAAUAUAUUGGAGUCUACCUGUUCUCCUCUGAUAAUUCCAUUUCAAACUGAAAAGGUGAAGAAGAACAUCCCAGCAUACACAAACAUACUGCAUAGAAAAUGUGAAAAGAUUUCAUGUGUAAAAAGAGGGAAAGCGAUGUUCAACGGUCUUUUAAUUGAUGAGGAAGUGUUUAGGACUCCCACAAGGAGGCUGGAUGCUUCCAGUCCAGCUCCCCUACAACUUGAAGAAGAGAAAGACAUAAAAACUCAAAAAGUAACAAAAUACACAGCUGAUCAAAAUAUCCCACUUCCCAAGUCAGGGAUCUCAGCGCUUGGAGAUUCAUGUAAUGAAAGCUCUAGAAGGAAAGUGAGUGGUUCUAUUGUCAAGAAACAUAAAGAGUUGCAAAGAGAUUUACUAACAAUAUCCACAACAUCUGUUUUGUCUCAAUCUAGAAGGCAGAAAAAAGCACUAAAAUUUCCAGAACAGAAAGAUCUUAUGGGUCCCAGAUAUAUAACCAUGAAGGCAAAGAGGCCUCUUUUUUCACAGGCGCUUAAUAUCACUGAGCACGGUCAUCAGUACUGUAAAAAGAAACAGGAAUGUUAUUUAAAGUCUGUGAUAAAAGACAGGCAACAACAUAAAAGUAUAACGGAUGCAUUUUCAUCUCUCACACCGGUUUCAACGGAUAAGAUAGAUAUUGAAAUUGAUAGCACACCCACAACAGGGACAGAUCAACCAAGAGUACAAACACACAACCACACCUGCCCAGAGCUAGAGAAAUCACUGAGUGUUGGGGAAGCAUGGGAGGCCAAUUUGAUUGAUACACAAAGCAGAUCCAGCAACACAGGGAGAGUGAGUGUGCCACAUGAGAAGGAAGAGGAAAAUGUCCCAGAAAUAUCAGCAGAAUCAGUUCUGCAUGAGAGCCAAAAUCUCUGUUUCACGCCUCAUCAUGUGAAAAAUCUUGGCCCUUGCAAAUCAAAACCUAAACUGGAUAGUUCAAAAGGUAGAAGUACUUGGAAUCUGUCUUAUGUGCCACAAAACAUGAGGCAAGAAGAACAUGUUAGAAAAACUAUUUUAAAGCCUGUCUCUAAAAGCGUGAUGACUUUAAUUAGAGUCCAAACACUGAAGAAAGGUCUUCAUACUCAAGAGGAAAUCCAACACAUGGCAGAUCUAAAGAUCCCAUUUCCAGAAGCUAGGAAAUCAGAGACUGGUUCCUUACACUGUGAUGGUGUCUGGGAUGGAAAUCCUAGGAGGAAACGAGAUAGUCCCAUUUUUAAGAAAAAGGCAAGGAGUCAGAGUGACUUACUAGGAACAGUCUUAAAGUCUUUAGGUUUCUCCAGCCUUGAUUCAUCUGAACCUGAGAGCCAGAGUCAUGCAGUAGAGGCUGUAGGCAAGAAAAGUACAAUGAGUCCCAAGCAGGUAACUCUGGAGGCAGGGAAGCUACCAGUUUUACAGGAGCUUAAUAGCACGAGGUAUCUUACCGGAAGCCAUAGAGAGAAAAACCACAAAGCUAAGACCAAGGCAAGAGAGAAGCAAUGGGAUGAAGGUGCGAGAGAGACAUCAUUCCAUGCCAGUGAGGGAGCUAAGAGUCCACCACCCACAUUAGUGACUGAUAAACUCUCAUUUGAUACCGCAGCAAGGGACAGUCUGGAUAACCAUAGAACACUUUACAAAAAUCUAGGUGAUUUUGUUACAGAGAAAAAGGCAGAGCUGGACAAAAACUUAGCCACAGUUCUCCUGGGGCCUUUCGAUUUAUUCAUGCCUGUUUUAUCUGACUCUGAAAGCCAGAUAAACACAGUGCAAGAGAAAAUCAUACCGAAAUGCAAAUGUUCAGUGAUGAAAAAAAAGGAGCCACUCAUUUCACAGCUAUUUAAAAUCAGUAGGCAAUCUUCCACAAAACAGAGGAUGAGACUUAGAUCCAGCGUAGAAACCAAAAUGAAAGAGACGCACUCAGGUAAAAAUGAGACUGAUAUGUGUACAAAUGCCACUUACUUUGAAGUGGAUACCUCCAACAUUAGAAGGCAAAGCAGAUUCCAAACAGAGGCAGACAGAAUAUCAGGGUUUAAUCCUGUACAGCCAACACACAUGCAGUUGCCAGUCGAAGACAGAGUGGUUUUACAGGCACUUAAUGCUGCAGGUCCCGCUGCUUUAAGCAUUAACAAAAAACAGGAGAUAGACACACACAGAGAGAAAGCUGUGUUAAACACAGACCUAAAAUCUACAGAUGCUUCUCCAUCUAUUCCACCAUAUAUAAAAAUGGAGCAGUCACCUAACACCUCAGGUAACUAUGAAGAAUCUUCUGAAAAGAGAAAUGCCCUAAAGAAAGCAAAAGGUAUGGAGGAAAAAGAGUGUGAACAACAGGUCUUGUCUGGAACACCUUCACAAUAUACCCAGUCAUUUGAGUUUCUGCAAAAGAAACAGCAAGAACCAUGUGUCUCAGGAAACAUCCAGAACUCUGCUUAUGCCUAUACACCUCCUUACCCCCAAAUCCUAAACCAUCAAGCUAAUGUGAAAACAGCAGGUGUAGAAAGCACUGUGCCUACUGAACGGGUAAAAUCGAAGGCAAAGAAACCAUUUGUUUCCCUGAUGUAUAACAGAGCAGGGCAUGGAACCCGAAGCCACGAAAAGGAAACAAGGUUUAACACCAAGAAACAGAAGCCAGGGUUCCAGCAAGAUAAAACUGAGGUAGAAUUCUCUCUGAAAACUAUUUGUGACCCUGGGUCUAUUCCACCUCAAAUUCAAGAGUUGAUGGAAGCAAAAAGGGAGAAAGGCAAGCCAGCAAGGCCAAAGAAAUCGCUGAACACAAGACAAAUAGCAUUUUCACAGUCCCUUGCUAAGAGUGCCAAAUCCAGAAAUACGAAAACCCUGAGACAGUGUAUCAGAGAGCAAAAAGAAAAUUGCCAAAUUGCUUCACUGGACCUCUUCCCACAGUGUAGAUAUCGAUUCAUGAUGAGACAGCAACUGAAGAAGAGCCCCACCCAUGUCAAGUACACAGUAAAUUUGAAAAGAGAAGCACAUCCCGAUCAACCUUCACCAAAGAGAGAAAGCUGCUCCACUACGUUUGACAUCUCAAGAGUUAGGUUACAUGCAAAACGCCAACGCCUCAUCGCCCUGGGAGUAAAGGAGGGAGGCAGAGACAAGGCCCAACCUCCAGCAUCAACUCCACAGAGGACGGAAAUAUCUGAGAAAACAGAUAUUUCUUUAAGUUCAAAAGGACAGAAUAUGUGUCUUCUAGAGUCAGAUGCUUCUCAAGAGAAGACUUGCAAGGAACAGGAUCUGCUGAAAGAAGGAAGGAAUUCAAGGACACUGGUGGAGCCGACUUGGUACUCCAUUACGGAAACCCCUCAUUUGGAAAAUACCAUUCCAAAUCAACUGGGAAGAGAUGGCUUAAGAGAAACUUAUACCUUACAAGGUUCAAAAGGACAGAUGUUUCUUUGUGCAAAUGCAGAAGCCCGGCAAUAUACACCUGCAGUGGAGAUUGGAGACGUGAAACCAGAUCCUAUUCCGGAACGUCUCCUGGAUUCAACAUCUCGCCCCAGUGGGGAACUUCAUGUGAGAGAGGCAGGAAAUGCAACACGGAAGGAAAGUGUUAGCAUCCCUGUUGUUUCAGGUGUCAAUCUAUGGGAAACCAAGAUGCCAAAGUUAACGAACCUUCUAUUAACAUCAAAUGAACAGAAAAUAAACUGUUCCGAGAAAGGGAGGACAGAGCAGCAAAACAGUUCUAACCAGAAGAAAGGAAGUCUUCUGGAAUUCAUUUCCUCUUGUAUAUUGUAUCAACUCCAUCUUGAAAGGCAAAAGAAAGAAAUCUCAGCCAAAGGAAUGAGUUCAGCAGUUUUGAGUCCAGUGGUCCAGAAAGCAUCAAACACAGUAGAUAUUCCAGUGGAUCAACCUCCGUGCUCAGAAAGAAGAAAAGAACUUCAACAGGAAGGUACAUGCAAGACUCUCCCAACAUCUCUUUCUCAUUCUAUGAUGAAUAUAUUUCAGAUUAAAUUACCAGGAGUAAUGAAAGCAGCAAAGGAAGUAGAUAGUCCAAGGCACCACGAUUCAAAUACAGAAGGAAUUGGCUUGCCUGUUGCAGGAACAGAAGAGCAACCAGAAUGUGUACAAUGUAUUUGGCCAAAUCUUGCUUCUGAUACUUCAAGAGAUAUAUUAUUUCAAAGUAAGAUGCCAUAUGAAAAGACAGUAUCAGAAGAAGUAGUUAGCACUGUGGAGUAUACUCCAAGUACAGAAGGACUUGAUUCACAUAUUACAGGAAAAGGAGACCAGCAAGAGAAAUGGAUGUCUGAGACCCUUCAAAAGUCCACAUCUCACUCCCAAGCAGGUCCCCACCAAACUAAUAUCUCAGUGCAAGAAGUAAAGUUUGAUGACACAAGUAAGAUGCAUUCUGAAUAUUCAACUCCACAGGCUAAGGAAGCAUUAAAAGGAAUGGAUGUUAUUUUUGGAUAUACACAAAAAAGUGAAAAAGGAAAAAACUUACCCAGCGUGGAACAAAAGCAGCAGCACCUACUGAUUCCCUCUGAGAAUUUUCCCUCCCUAAGAAUUCCCUCUGAGCAUAUAUCUUACCCUCAAAACAAUCCCCGGCUCCUGCCGCAUUUAACGCCUCAGACGAAGGAAGCAUUAUCAGAAGUAGGUAAUGUGUCGAGCAGGACAAAAGGAUUAGACUUGAUUUCUAAAGAACAACUAAAUACUCAACGUGAGUGUGGCCUGGAAUGGACUGUACCCUCAGGUCCUCCAACGCAAAUGACGAGACAAAAUACAAGGCCACCUUUGGAAUCAUCCAGUGAAACUGCAAAAUAUCAGAAUGUCUCGUUGCCGAAAGGAAAUAAAUUAUUGGAUGGGGAGCAGAUAAUUGAUUCAAUAACAAAUGCUAGCUCCCCCAAGCUAAGUGUUAGAAAGAAGGUGCACUUAGGUAAAGCAUGUCAAAAAAAAGUACAAAAAGAGGUGUGUCUGCCUGGAUUUUUUUCACAUUCUCUUUCUAUCCAUAUGCCUCCUUUGCCUGAAAAUAAAAGACAGAAGAAUGACCUAAAACAAGGAGUUGAGAAAGACAUGGUACCCACCCAAAGGACUUUGGAGAAAUUGAUAUUUUCAAACGUAUUUAAUACCACUGACUACGGUGGCCCAGGCAACAGACCACAACUGCCGAGGAAGAUUAGAAUAAAAGGAGUCAAUGUGAAAGGAACACUGAAUCCCAACAUUACCUUGAAGGCAAAUAAACCAUCACGAUCACACAUGCUCAGUGAAAAGGAAUUGCCAGGGCAGUUGAACAUUGUAGAACAAGAGAUCGAGGGGCAGAUAGGCAAAGGUAUAUCAGGUGUGAAACUGACAAACUUGUUUGCUUCUGUACCAUCUCUGUCACCUCUUGAUUUGAAUUCAAGAACAAAAGGAGGAAGAGAUACGUCAAGAAUACCACAGAACUGCCUUCCACCACUAAAGCUCCAGGCAACAUCAAAUAUCAGGAAAGCGUCAUUUGCAGAGUCAAUUAAUAGAGAGAGUUUAAGCAACAUAAUAGAAUCAAAACAUUUCCCACAGCAAAAGAGGGAAGAUGGAGACAAUAUAGUAUAUGUGAAAGAUAAAAGGAACUGCAAAAGGGCCACCUUUAAAAGAAAGAAAAAACUUUUCAAACACACACCGCAUGGAAAUGAACCUCAGUGGAACAAUAAAGAGCAAGAGAAAAUGAUGCAGGAAGAUGAAAGUGAUGGAAAUGUAGUUCUGAAUAAGCCCCAUGCCUCCAUUCCAUCUUCUUCUCACCUGGAGCAGGGUCCUGGAGUAAAAGAAGCAGCAUCACAAACAGUAUCAUGGUUCUGCCCUCCAUCACUGACCUUCCAGGAACUGUCAGAUGCAAUGAUAACAUGUAAGGAGCCAGCUGAUGAUAUUUUAAGCAAUAUAGCAAGAUCAAAAUAUAUGUCACAGGAAAACGAAGACAGAGUGGACAUGGCUUUGAAAGAGGUAAAGCAUCCCCAAAGAAUGCCUCUGGAGGUGAACCAGUCUCCAGUUGCCCAAGAAUUGCAGUUGAACAUCAAAGAAAAAGAGAAAGAGAUACAGCAAGAUAAAGGUAAACAUUUUGGGAUUCAGAGACAGUCUUGUGUUUGCAUCUCUUCUCCACCUUACUCUGAAGUGGACACAAGAAGGGAAGGAGAAGCAGUCAUGCUAAGAAAAACAAGAUCCUGUUUUCUACAACCCAAACUCCGGGAGUCAUCAGAUAUGGGAAACAAAGCAUAUGAAAAGUCUGUUUCAAACAGGGGAAAAAAAGCUAAAGAACAUACAGUACAGGAAGAAGAGGAGAGAGUUAAUAUGGAAAAAGUCCUACUUUUGAAGAAAAAGAAUUCACCACUUUUACAGGAAAUCCAGCUGGACGUCAAAGAGCAAAAGAACAAGAUACAAAGAAUUCGUGAACCAAGUGUGAUUUUGAUCUGUACUUCCAGACCUGCCACUUCUUUUAACUUGAAUACAAGAAUAAUAGAAGCAGAUGACAGAGCUAAAGUAACAAGAUACUCUUGUUCAGAACUACCCCACCAGAAAUCAUCAGAUGUAGAGAAAAAAGCAAAUCGAGAGUCAACUGAGAGAGGUAUCAUAAGCGAUGUACAAGCAGCAAAGGAAUUUAUGCCCCAGAAAGGAGAGGAUCAAGGAGAAACAGCCAAUAUGAAUUAUAUGAGGUACUCCAAAGAAACAAGUUCCAGGGCAAAGGAGUUCCCACUUCCACAUGUUCCCAGUAACCCUGGGAGCCACAGCCCCCAGACUAGAGAUGAACCAACAAACAGAAGAGAAAACCUGGGACAUGCACAGGAAAGAAAAAGUGAACUAGAUGAGGUCCUGACAGGACUUUGUCUACCUCAGUUUACAUUAAACAAAGGCGAGAAAGAGAAGCAAGGAGCUCUCAAAUCCUGUCUUCCACCGUUAUGGCGCAGGAAGUCAUCAGAUGCACAGGAGUUAAAAUAUACAGUGUCACCUCUGAGUGAGAUCUCAAGUGAUUCAAAAAGAACAAAAUACAUGAUGCAGGAAGAAAAGGAUAAAGCAAAUAUUUUUGUGAGGGACCCAAUGCAUCCCAAGUGCUUAGCUUUGAAGGUAAGGAAAUCCCCGCUUUUCUGUAUGCUCGAAGCAAAGAAACUGCAGGUGAACAUUAAGGAGCAAGUGAAACGGGAGCAGAAAGGCAGAAGGGGCACAGUUGUGAUUCUGAGCAAAAUCUGCCCUUUUGUCACUUCUUCAGCUCAUCUUCAAUCUGACACAAUAAAAGAAGAUAAAGGUGGUCUUGGAGUCCUAAGGCACUCUGUGCCACAUCUUGAGAUCCAAGCCUCACGGCCUUCAGUACAGAAAGCGCCUCUAAAAUCAACUGAUAGAAAGAAAGAAAAACAAUAUCCGCCACCAACAGAAAGGGACAGAGCACACGCUACAGUUGUGAGAGGCUCGGUGCAUGCCAGUGGCUCAGAUUUCAAAGCAAAGACAUCAUCCCCGCCUCAUGUGUUCCGUGUAGCCAAGCACAAUGCUCUGAGCAGGAGAAAGGAAGUGCAGCCAAGCACGGAGGAGAGUGCAGAACGGGGGCAGGGGAGAACAGGAGACCCUGGUGUGACUCCAACAAAAACUCAUCCUGCCUUGCCGUCUCCAUCAGACUGUAGACUGGAUGCAGGAAUCAAAGAAGACAAACACUUUCCUGCAGUCACGGGAUUCUCUCCACCAUUUCAGCUCCUUGAGUCAUCAGGUACAGGGAAAAUCAGACAUGCAGAUUUCAGUCAAGGUAUUAGCUCGUGUAAUAUAACAGUAAGAGCUAACGGACGUGUGUUGUAUAAAGAGACGGAGUUCAGAGUAAAAAGAAAAGACGAGAAAGAUAGAACACACCCCAAAAUCAGAGCUGUGGAAGCCCAAACAUCCCCACUUACACAUUUACUCAGUAGAAACAGACUGCCUUUGAAUGUCAAAGAGCAAGGGAAGGAAAUGCAGGAUGGCAAUGGUGAGCUGGGAAUGGUUCUGAGGGAAACUCGUGCCUCCUUACCUUCUCCAUCUUACCUGAGACAAGACAUUAGCAGAAAUGAAAAGAAAGAUACAGAAAGAAUAAAGCAAUCCUGUUUUCCACCACUGAAGAUUUUUGAUCCACUCAAUCUAAACACAAAAGCAGAUGCUAAGUCAUUUGAUGGUUAUUUGUUAAAAAACAAAGCUAGACUCAAAACAGAUUAUGAAGACAGAGUGCUUCCAAUAUCUGUGCAUCAGAAGGCAAAAGAAUUAUCACUUUCACAUAGAUAUGAUACCAAAGAAUCACAGUGCAAAAUGAAAAAGCAAAAGAAAAUGGUACAGAGAGAGGACAGUGAACUAGCUACAAGAUUGAAAAGCAUCUGUUCUUCUUUUCUGACUCUACCAUAUCUUAAAUCUGAUACACCAGAAGGAGACAGGUACAUGAUAAGAAUCACAAAAUUGCCUCCCCCACAAGCAGAAUCACCUAUUAUACUUACACACAAUCUAACUGACCUUCAGGAAAAAACUAAAGGCAAGGUUUGGGAAGAUAAACAGGAGCCAGGUGAUGCCAUGCAAACUGAAACCUGUGCUUCUCUAUCUUCUUCUCUUCACCUUGAUGAAAACACCAGCAUAAGAGAAGAGGGCAUGUCAAUGCUACCAAGGUCCUCUUUUCCCCCAGUAAACUUCCAGAAAUCAUCAAGUUCUGAGGAAGUGAUACAUGUAGAGUCAAUGGCGAGUGAUACUGUCAUUAGUCCCCGCAAAGAAAAAUAUUUGCCCCGGAACAAGAAAGAGGACGGAGUAGAAAGAAGAAACUUUGUGUCUCCCAAACAUCAAGGAAAGGAGAUGCAGGAAAGUAAAGAUGAACCAGGUAUGCUUCUGACCAAAUUUUCUACUUUAUCCCCAUCUCUCUCUGCCCUCAAAUUGGAUAAAGAAGUACAAGUUGAUGAUGAAAUGCUAGCACGUACAAGGUCUGUUUUGCAGAGAGUAUCAUCUGGAGGGAAAUUAUAUACACACACAACUAGUGGUGAUACCCCGGAAGAUGCUCGAAACCUGACCAAAUCUACUUCAUCACCGUUUCUCCCUGCCCUCAAGUUGGAUAUAGCAGUACAAGUCAAUGAUGAAAGGCUAGCAUGUAGACAAUCUGCUCUGGGGAGAAUGUCGUAUGCAAGAGAAGUAGUACAUACAGAGACAAUUAGUGAUAAUACCAUGAAAGAUGUUCAAAACCUGACCAAAAUUUCUACCUCAUCACCACCUCUCCCCACCCUCAAAUUGCAUAAAGAAGUACAAGUUAAUGAUGAAACGCUAGCACAUCCAAGGUCUAUCUUGAGGAGAAUUUCAUAUCCAAGGGAAAUAGUACACAGAGAUUCACUUAGUGACAUCACAGUUCAGUUCAGUUCAGUUCCAAAAGAUGGUCAAAACCUCACCAAAUUUUCAGCUUCAUCACCAUAUCACUCUGCCCCCAAGUUGGAUAAAGAAGUUCAAGUCAAUGAUGAAAUGCUAGCACUUAGAAGGUCUGUUUUGGGGAGAAUAGCAUAUGCAGGAGAAACAGUACACAGAGAUUCAAUUAAUGGUGAUACCAUGAAAGAUGGUCAAAACCUGACCAAAAUUUAUGCUUCAUCACCAUUUCUCCCCACCUUCAAAUUGGAUAAAGAAGUACAAGUCGAUGACGAAAUGCUAGCACGUGGAAGGUCUGUCUUGGGAAGACUAUCAUAUGCAGGGGAAACAGGACGUACAGAUUCAAUUAGUAAUGAUAUCACAAAAGACGGUCAAAACCUGACCAAAUUUUCUGCUUCAUCACCAUCUCUUUCUGCCUUCAAAUUGGAUAAAGAAGUUCAAGUCAAUGACGAAAUGCUAGCACAUAGCAGGUCUGCCUUGGAGAGAAUUUCAUAUGCAGGGGAAAUAGUACAUAUAGAGACAAUGAGUGGUAAUACCAUGAAAGAUGUUCAAAACCUGACUAAAUUUUCUACUUCAUCAUCAUCUCUUCCUACCCUCAAACUGGAUAAAGAAGUACAAGUUGACAAUGAAAUGCUAGCACGUAGAAGGUCUGCCUUGGGGAGAAUUCCAUAUGCAGGGGAAAUAGUACAUAGGGGUUCAAUUCAUGGUGAUACCACAAAAAAUGGUCAAAACCUGACCAAAUUUUCUGCUUCAUCACCAUAUCUCUCUGCCCUCAAGCUGGAUAAAGAAGUACAAGUCAAUGAUGAAAUGCUAGCUCUUAGACGGCCUGUUUUGGGGAGAAUAGCAUAUGCAGAGGAAACAGCACAUACAUAUUCAAUUAGCGAUGGUAUCACAAAAGAUGGUCAAAACCUGACCAAAUUUUCUAUUUCAUCACCAUCUAUCCGUGCCCUCAAGUUGGAUAAAGAAGUACAAGUUGAUGAUGAAAUGCUAGCACAUAGAAGGUCUGUUUUGGGGAGAAUAUCAAAGGCAGGGCAAAUGAUACAUACAUAUUCAAUUAGUGAUGAUUCCAGGAAAGAUGUUCAAAAUGAGGAACAACCUAUUCCUGAGAAAGAAGAGAGGGACAGAGAAAAAUCAGUAGAUAGGAGAGGUGUGACACACACCAAAUAUAUAAUUUUGAAGUCCGAGAAAUCACCUUCUUCAUAUACACUCCACAGAUCAGAACUGUAUCUGAACCUUGGAGGGACAGAGCAAAAGAAACAGGAAACUCAAGGUAAACCACCUGGUAAGGUGGUAAGAAAUAUUUAUCUUGCUGCCCCUCCAACUAAGCCAAAAUUAGACAAAGGUACACAAGUAGAUGAAGGAAAGCUUGGAAUUAAAAAACCCUCUCUACUUCCACAAAUGAUUUCAGCAUUAUCAGAUGCAAAGAAGAGAACAGAUACAAAGGGAAUUAGUGGUGAUGUAAUAAAAAGAAAACAAUGUAUGUCAGAGAAAGAAAAAAAGCUUGAUGUGAAAAAUGUAGAUAUGAGGCUACGGACCCAUCACAAAAAAUCAGUGAUUUCACCAAUUCCAGAUAUCCUUAGUACAAAGAAAUUUGUGUUGAAUGUUAUUAAAGAGCCAGGGGGAAAAGUACACAAAGAUAAAGAUGAACCAAGUAUGGUCCUGACAAGGACUUUUGUUUCUAUCCCUUCUGCACCUCUUUAUUUAGACUUAGGGAGCAAAACAGACAAAGACACACCAGAAAUCACAGGAUCCUCUGGGUCACAGCAAAAUCUCCAGGAAACAUCAGAUACCCAGAAAACAGCAAUUAGAGAAUCAGCUGCUGGUGAGAGGGAAAUUGUUAAAAACGCAGAAUGCUCAGUGCCAGAAGAUGCCAUGCAACAGUGGACAUCAAACUUUGUGAUCAGUGUACAGCAAAGGAGGGAACCUCUACAAGUCAAAUCUGAAGGAGAUGUGAGUCAGUUACUUUCAAAUUCACAGCAGGAGGACUUUUAUGUCACAGGGUAUGGUACUAUAAAAAGUGGGAAAAGGCUGGAAUGUUUCUUUGCAGGGUCAGAGGCUCAGCAAGAAAAAUACAAACCAGAAGCUUUGGCUACAAUUCUUUCCUUCCCCAUGAUGGAUCUCACUAAAAUUGAAAGUCUGAAGAAAGAAACAGAAAUAAUGAGUAACUUAAACCAUAAAAUAAGUCCUCAUGUUCUAGUUUCACUGCCAAGGAAACUAUCCAAGGAAAUAUAUGGCACACUUGGCUCCCCUGUCAGUUCAGAAGGAUUUUCUGCUUCAAAGCAAGAUGUCCACCACCAACAAGAAGCUUUAUCACAAGCAUCUCCAGCAUCUACAGAUCUAUGUAAACUUGAUAAGCCAGAAGAAGAUAGACAAAACAAUGGAAAAACAAAUGAAAUGUCCCCUCCCAAAGUGUUAGCACCACAGAUAAAGGAACCCCUUGAGGAAAUGAAUAUCACAGAGUCAGAUGCACUCCAAAAUGCAGAUCAAGAAAUUGUCAUGAAAAAGCAAGUGGUGCUGCAGUCUGGGAGUGGACAAAAGACCAGAGUGGAUUCUAGUCUUUCUCUGAAAAUUCCAGUACAACAUGUAAAGCAAAGGACAUCAUUGGAAAUAGAUGUGCGCAAGCAAACUACAGUGUGCCCUGGAAUACAAAUGCUACCAGGAAUACAAAUGGGUAUGACAGAGUUUGAUGCCCAAAGAGGGAAAAAGGAGCACACAUUGCUUGUUCCAGAUAAAGAGUCACACAAUCUAGAACCACCUCAGAAGUCUGUUUCCUCCUGGACUUUUCCACUUCAAUCUGGAGAUGUGGGGGGAAAAAACGAAACUGACACUGGCUCUACGGGAAAUCUGGAGCAAAAAAAGUUAGACAUGAAAGAAGGGAUAUUAAAAAUAGAGACAAACAUAGCUGUCCAUCUAGAAGAGGACAAAAUAGAAAUGCACAAACACACCAUUGUUAAUCUGGAGGAGGAGGCAAUAAAAAUGGACACAAGCAAUACAGUGAACCUGAACACUGCAUCUCUAAAGGCAGAGGAACCUCAAAUUAAGACUCAGGUAAUCGCUCCCAUGGCAAACAGAUGCCCAAUCAAGCAAAAACAUAAAAAGGAACAAGAAGUGUCCAGUGCAAAACAUAACAUUCAACUACAAAAAAAGCUUCAAAAACAUGCUCUGGAUUCAUUUUAUGCCUACAUUCCUCUUUCUCCCAAAUUAGGAGGCCAGAAAGGCAGAUUAACAAUAGCAGACUUGAAAAGAGAAUUGGGCCCCCAAUAUUUAAAUAUGAAAAUCCGAAAACAUCCAAUUCCACAGAUUCUAGGCAACACGGGACGAGGUACUCCAAGCAAUCGAAAGAAAUUAGAGUAUAACUUUAACAAAUCAAAGAAAAUAGCUUUGAGAAGAGGAGAUGCCUCAGAAAUAUUUAUCAGAAGUCUUUCUAUUUCCACAGUGAGUCCAUCUCAGACUAAAGACCCAGUAAAAUCUCAGACAAACCUAGAAAGUGCAAAGAGAACCCGUAUUUCAGAAUUCCAGAAGAAAUCACCAAAUACUAGUGAAACUAUGAAGACAGACAGUUCAAGCAUUGUGAAAGAAGGGAACCGGAAUUUUACAGACACAAUUCCACAGGAUUCCCAGCCCUUCAUGGUAGACAAACAACAAAUGCACAAACUUCCUAACAUCAAAUCAGAAGCAAACCUCAGCAGAGAGAUAAAUAAAAAUUUAGCUCCACAAACAAUCGAAAGGGUUGUUCCAGACCAGGAUAUCUCAAGGAUCAUAAAAGAACCUGAUGUGCUUACGAUCAAACAAGAAAAGGCACCAAAACCCACUGAAACACCCACAGACUGUCUAAUCAUGUCUAAAGAUCCAAAAGAAAAUGUGGAAAGGAUUGUAAAAGAAACUUACUUGCUUAUGGUUGAACAAGAGGCACCAAAACCCAUUGGAACACCUACAGAGUGUCUAAUCAUGUCUGAUCCAAAAGAAAAUGCAGAAAGGAUCAUAAAAGAACCUGACUUGCUUACAGUUGAACAAGAAGAGGCACCAAAACCCACUGAAACACCCACAGAGUGUCUAAUCAUGUCUGAAGAUCCAAAGGAAAAUGUGGAAAAGAUUGGUAAACAACCUGACAUGCUUAUGAUCCAGCAGCAAAAGGCACCAAAACCCACUGAAACUCCUACAGGGAGUCAAAUCAUGUCUGAAGAUCCAAAGGAAAAUGGGAAAAAGAUUGUGAAAGAACUUGAUCUGCUUAUGGUUGAACAAGAAAAGGCACCAAAACCUAGAGAGUGUCUAGUCAUGUCUGAAGAUACAAAGGAAAGUGUGGAAUGGAUCAUAAAAGAACCUGACUCGCUUAUGGUUGAACAAGAAGAGGCACCAAAACCCACUGAAACUGCUACAGGGUGUCUUAUCAUGUCUGAAGAUCCAAAGGAAAAUGUGGAAAGGAUUGUAAAAGAACCUGACAUGUUUAUGAUCCAGCAAGAAAAGGCACCAAAACCCACUGAAACUCCUACAGGGAGUCAAAUCAUGUCUGAAGAUCCAAAGGAAAAUGUGGAAAGGAUUGUAAAAGAACUUGAUUUGCUUAUGGUUGAACAAGAAAAGGCACCAAAACCCAUUAAAAAACCUAGAGAGUGUCUAGUCAUGUCUGAAGAUACAAAGGAAAGUGUGGAAUGGAUCAUAAAAGAACCUGACUCACUUAUGGUUGAACAAGAAAAGGCACCAAAACCCACUGAAACUCCUACAGAGUGUCUAAUCAUGUCUGAAGAUCCAAAGGAAAAUGUGGAAAGGAUCGUAAAAGAACCUGACUUGCUUCCAGUUGAACAAGAGGCACCAAAACCCACUGAAACUCCUACAGGGAGUCAAAUCAUGUCUGAAGAUCCAAAGGAAAAUGUGGAAAGGAUUGUAAAAGAACUUGAUUUGCUUAUGGUUGAACAAGAAAAGGCACCAAAACCCAUUAAAAAACCUAGAGAGUGUCUAGUCAUGUCUGAAGAUACAAAGGAAAGUGUGGAAUGGAUCAUAAAAGAACCUGACUCGCUUAUGGUUGAACAAGAAAAGGCACCAAAACCCACUGAAACUCCUACAGAGUGUCUAAUCAUGUCUGAAGAUCCAAAGGAAAAUGUGGAAAGGAUCGUAAAAGAACCUGACUUGCUUCCAGUUGAACAAGAGGCACCAAAACCCACUGAAACACCCACAGAGUGUCUAAUCAUGUCUGAAGAUCCAAAGAAAAAUGUGGAAAAGAUUGUUAAAGAACCUGACAUGCUUACGAUCCAGCAAAAAAAGGCACCAAAACUCAUUGAAACUCCUACAGGGAGUCAAAUCUUGUCUGAAGACCCAAAGGAAAAUGUGGAAAAGAUAGUAAAAGAACCUGACUUCCUUCAAGUUGGACAAGAAAAAGCACCAAAACCCAUUAAAAUACCUACAGAGUGUGUAAUCAUGUCUGAAGAUCCAAAGGAAAAUGUGGAAAGGAUUGUUAAAGAACCUGACAUGCUUACGAUCCACCAGGAAAAGGCACCAAAACCCACUGAAACUCCUACAGCGUGUUUAAUCACGUCUAAAUGUCCAAAGGAAAAUGUUGCGACAAUCAUAAAAGAACCUGACUUGAUUAUGAUGGAGCAAGGAAAGGCACCAAAACCCACUGAAACACCUACAGGGUGUCUAAUCAUGUCUACAAAUGUGGAAAAUGUGGAAACUCACAUGAAAAGCACCCUAAAUAUGAACAGUUCUCCUCCAAAGGUAGAAGAACCACAAGAUGAGACUCAACUCGUUGAUACCACGGGGUGUGCCUCGCCACUCGAUCAUAGGGAUCAGAGUGAACGUGUACAGGACACAGCCAUGCAAAGGGUCCAGCAACUAGAAACUUCUCUAGGAAUUGUGCCUAUUCAACCCCAAGCUAAAGGUAAUGAAAGAAAAACAGUGGGAUAUAGUCCAAGUGCGGGAAUUAUGAUUCCUAUUUGUGAAGCAAUUAAAAAUGUUCUUGAAUCCCAGAUAAAAAGCAUGAUUCAAAACAACUUUUUUCCUAAAAACCUUGAAAAAGUAAAAGACAAUAAACCUGAUGAUUGGAAGUCACAAUGUUUCACAAGGGGUCCGAGUACACAAUCCAUGACAAUACAUCCUGAAUUGCGGCCAAAACCUAUUUUAGAAAAUUUUACUUGCAAAGAAAAAAUCAAGCUCACGCAUCAUUUAGAGUCAAAAGCACCUGAAAUAAGGCUGAAUUUGAUACCAGAGGUGGUAAAACAAUCCUUUCAAAGGUUCAGCUUUUAUCAAAAAUUGGCUAUUUCAAAACAUAACAGUUGGAAGCUCUAUCCAAGACCUAAACAAAUGUUCUUUUUGCCUCUGGAAGGGAUUGAUACUAUAAAGUUUAACCUAAAACACAAAUAUGAAAAAGACUCACCUCCUGUCGAUCGUAUGAAGUCACUGAUUGUUAAUGUUUCAAGAGGCAGUGAAGAGGCUGUGAACAUUACAAAGUUAAGGAGGAUGAAAGCGCUAGAAAGUGGAGCACCUUCAUUGACUUCCACUAGAGAGAAAACAUUGCCUCAUAUUCUCCAGAACUGCUCAGUAGGAGAGAAAAACAAACUCCUCAUACACUUUUCUAAGAAGACACUGGAGAUUCAAAUGAAAGCCUUUCCCAGAAUUGUAAGGGAAUCUUACACAAUGGCCAAUGCUCAGGAUGGAAGGAAACCUUUAUCUAAAUGUGUUCAUUCUGUGGUCAAAGUACCAAAACGAAAAAACAGAGUUUUGUUACUUUUUGAGGAAAACUCUCUUCAUCAGAUAGAUCUUGACUUACAAUACAAAUACCUUCGUUUUCUCCUGGGUUCUCCAGUUGCAAGGAUGUUCCCUAAGCCAAUUGCAUUUCCCAAACAUAGUCUUAAAUUACAGACAGUUGCAAUAUGUAAAAAAGUAGACAGCAGUGGGGAAAGUGGCGGUCAUUCCAUUAAUACACAACCAUUAGAACAUAUCCCUUUCAAAAAACAAAGUUUCCAUGAAAACUCAUCAUCAGUCAGAAAUUUCUUGGCACCUACCCAGAUGUGUGCCCCUGACCCUGAUCAACACAGCACAGUGCAGAAAGACACCACGGCUCUUUCUACGUUAAAAUCUCAUGUGACUCCAGAAAAAGAUAAAAAAUGUCAUGUAUGGUUUCAAGAAACAAGUACAUAUGAAUCUGUUGAUUUAAAGUUUCAGAAAAAGGCUCAGGAUGCAGGUGGUUCCCAUUCAGUUCAGAAUUUUGAAGAUUUUACUGACAGUCAGACAGAUAUCGAGAAUUCAGGUAACUCGGAGGAAAGCUCAGCUCAUGAUGUACUUGAGAGUGAAGACUGUAUCUUUUUAGAUGCCACCCCUUAUUUAAGGCAGGAAGCAGAGAGUAUUCUAUUUGAAUUACAGAAAGGCAUACCUGUGGAAAAUCUCUACAAGAAGAAGAAAGUCAAAAUGGGUUUGAAACCACUUUACAGUGAAGCUUUGGGUUCCCAUCAUGUUAGAGGUCAUCGACAACACCCGUCAAUUGUGACACCCCAUUCUUAUGAAUCCCAUAAAAGCAGGACACACAGGUCAUCCUCCAGCAUUACACCGCUUUCUUAUGAAUCCCACAGAAGCAGGAAAUAUAGAUCGUCCUCCAAAAUGACACCAUCAUCUCAUGAAUACCACAAAAGCAAGAAACGUGGAUGGUCCCCCAAAAUGCAGCCUCCUGACCUGUGGUGUCACAGCUCCUUAAAUAUCAUCGAGGUUCCAUCUGUAUCAUCUUCCAUUUCUUUCAAUGGGGAGAUGCUUUCACAGACUACAGUAAGUGGGAAAAAUUAUUUAGUUCCCUUAACAGAAUCCAAUAUUAAAUUACAUCUUGCAAAAAGCCAAGGCAGACCUCACAGGCAUUCAGAAAGCAGAGAAAGAAGGAAGGCCAAAUUGGACUCCUUUAGAAAGAACAACAUGCCUUGGGAAUGUGAUGAGAGUUACACAAAGAGUAAAGAGAAACACACAAGAAGGAAGAAUGUGAGGGAUUAUGAAUCAGAAAGACUGGAUUAUUUCCCAAGUAAAUACAAAUCAGCAGCAAAACCUCAUCAGGAGAGUAUCAGCUUCCAUUCUGAAAAAAAACAAAACCAGCCAUUUUUUUAUGCCUGUAUACCAGCAGACUCACUGGAGAUUAUACCCCAAACCAUUCGCUGGACUAUUCCCCCCAAAACUUUAAGGAAGAGAAAUUUCAGAGUUCCCCUAGUGGCCAAGAUUUCAACUUCUUACAGUAUAUGGAACUCAUCCAAAAAGUUGUUGGGAUCGCUGUUAGAGUCCUUCAGCUUACUUCAUUAAAAAUAUUACCAUUUCAAGAUUCAUCUAGAAAGGACAGCUGGUUGCUAAGAUGGUAUUCUUUGCAAAAUAAAAUCGUAUUCAGUCAAAUGGCUUCCUCAUGAAGUGUUUUCUAAACUGACAUUCUACAGUAGAUUUGAAUCUACUGUUCUGAGAGGGUGCGUUGGGAAAGCAAAUGACUUUGGGUUUGGUCUAGCCAUGCAGGAGAGCUCUCUUUAGUUUGUGCCGCCUCCUUAUAAGCCCCCAGAGGAGAAGCCCCCAGGUGCCAAAGCCCCCUUCCCACCCCACCCCACCCCAAAGACUGCAGGGUGAGUUGGAGGAAGUGUAGCCCAUCAAUGAGAUUGAGGAAGAACAACCUGAAAGGCAGGGGGACAUAGAUGCUAGAGGGAGACAGUUUCAGGGAGCAGCAAGGCUUGAACGUCACGUGUCACAAGAUACAGGAAUAAAACACUUCCCUGAGGACCCAGGUUCCUCUGAUGACUUUGUCGCCGUCCCCAGUGGCAAGCAGAACCCGCAGCAUCUCCAUGACCUGCUCACCAUCUGCCAUAGCUGGGGCAUCAACAUGCUUGAGGACCUCAGACCGCACCCCCAGGCUCUUAGAGGAGGCCCGGAAAAGCCGAGUCUGCCCAGGGGCUGCUGGGAAAACCCAGAUCUGUGAGGCUGAGGGUGCGGUGGUGGGAUUUUUAGCACCAUGUGAAUUUUUUUGGUUGUACUUUGUGCUGGCUUAUUUCUAGUAUGUUAAUAAAAUAUUGGUCUCACUUGGGGAAAAAAAUCCUUUUUUUGCCUCAAAAAUUCCAUAAUGUUGAUCAUUUUAUUUUACUCUUAUCACCAUUAUAUUCAUGCUAGGGAUAACAGUGCUCCUCCCUCUAUUAUAAAUGCUACUUGAUCUCUUUGAAACACAUUAUUUGCUGUGUGUGGAAUAUUUGGGCAUGCUUGAUAGAAAAUUAUAAAACAUUUCAAUUUUUUUUUUUUUUUACCAAGGAAAGUAUCUGAUUUUGUACAACUUACACAGAACUUUUUUAGUACUAAAAACAAUGAAAUUAUUUCACUUCUGAUAUUUAACAAUAAGAAGACAUUACCUCCCCAAGACAGGCCCCUACAGCCACAGACUAGACUCUGCCAUCAGCAUACUACUGGUCUUGUAUCUUCUGUGAGUCGUCUGUCGUGUUUGACAAUCAAGUUGAAUAUUUUCUUACUUUUGAUUGUAGAGAAUUUUGAACAUACGCACAAAAAGGACAAAAGUAUAUGUGUGCCCCUCACUCAGCCCUAAAAUAUUAACCUCUAGUCAUACCUGCCUCCUCUACUUCUCCAUUAGUGUUUUGAAGCAAGUCACAGAUAUAUAAUUUUUAUCAUUUUACAAAUCUCUACUAGAGAGAUUAUUUUAAAUAACCAUCUCCUAUCUAAGAAGCAACAGAAAUUACUUGGUAUCAAAUAUGUAGUCAGAUGAUUUCCAGCUCUCAUGAAUGUCAUUUUCUAAUGGUUCCCAUUCCAUUGUUUUUUGUUUAUUUUCUGACAAUUUUUUCAAAUCGAAGAAACCAGGUUGUUUGUUGUGUAGCGUUUCCCAUAGCUUGCAUUCUGCUGAUCGUGUCCCCAUUUCAGACUGAAAUUAUUUAACCCUGAAUUCCUUCUUGUUCCUUAAAAGGUCUUUAAAUAGAUUACACAGCAUGCAGCAUUUAGAGUAAACUGUGUUUCAGAAGACUGUCUGGGGUGGGAGCUGGGAGGGCCAUUCAAGAGAUGGGGAACAUACAUAGACCUGCGGCUGAUUCACGCUGAUGUAAGGCAGAGACCAGCACCCUGCCACAGAGCAAG